GUGGCACCACUGAGCUAAACUCCUGGCCCGAUUUUAUGUUUUUCAAAACUGCUUCCACUCAGACCUUGCCACCGUGGCGGUGCCGGGAAGCUCCCCAUCCAGCCAUUUCCCACAGGACACAAGUACCUCGCUCAUCCGCCUAUACUUUUUUCUCUGCUGAAAGCCAGGGUGCACACCCACCCAUGUUCCUGGGAGAGGGGCUCUCAGCAGGCUGCUACUUUGGGGGCUGCAUCUCAAUGGAAGAGCGGAAGAGACCAUCAGCUUCCUGUUCCCCUUGUGGGGAGGGAGGGUAUCAUGUUCCCCUGGUAUGAGCAGAAAAGGCUCCUCUGUGUGAGGACCCGGAGCCUGCCCGGGCCACCCCUGCCGCUGAAGUCCCUUUGCCACAGAUUCUGCCUUCUGUCUAGUCAUUGGGGCUGUGACUGUCCUGGGUGUGGUGCUUCAUGUGACUUCCAGGCCACAGGAGCACCUAAGGGGAGGGAAACCUUUUCCCUGCAGCAAACCCUCCACCGAAACACCAGAUUUAUACUCUGAUGGCGAACUCUCACCAUUAGAACAAGAUUCUCACAGAACCCACAAGCCUUGGCAAAAUCUUACAGGCUUGUGCCCCCGCCCCUCCGCCAUGGCCCCGGUCAGCAUCAACGCGCUGCCCGAGAACAUCCUGCUGGAGCUCUUCCUGUGCUUGCCCGCCCGCCAGCUGCUGCUGCACUGUCGCCCCGUCUGCAGCCUCUGGCGGGACCUCAUCGACCUCGGGACCCUCUGGAAGCGCAAGUGCCUGCGCGAGGGCUUCAUCACCGAGGACUGGGCCCAGCCUGUGGCCGACUGGAAGGUCUUCUACUUCCUGUGCAGCCUCCGCAGGAACCUCCUGCACAACCCCUGUGCUGAAGAGAACAUGGAAUCGUGGCAGCUUGAUGCCAACCAGGGGAGCAAGUGGAAGGUGGAGAGACUCCCCGGGGACCAUGGCACGGACUUUCCUGACCCCAAAGUCAAGAACUACUUUGUCACAUCCUACGGUGCCCUGAGGGCUGCCAGGGCCACAAGAGGGCACUGCACAUCACUUCUGGAAUGCAGCCCUGCUCCCCACCUCCCCAGCCUGUGCCUCAAGUCCCAGAUGGUGGACCUCAAAGCUGAGGGCUACUGGGAGGAGCUACUGGACACAUUUCGGCCAGACAUUGAGGUGAAGGACUGGUUCGCUGCCAGAAGGGACUGUGGCUGCACCUACCGGAUCCAAGUCCAGCUGGUCUCAGCUGACUACAUCACCCUGGCCUCCUUCGAGCCCCCGCCUAUGACCAUCGAGCAAUGGAACGACGCCAUGUGGACAGAGGUCUCCCACACCUUCUCAGACUACCCUCCCGGCGUCCGCUACAUCCUCUUCCAGCACGGGGGCCACGACACCCAGUUCUGGGCAGGCUGGUACGGGCCCCGGGUCACCAACAGCAGCAUCGUUGUUAGUAACAAGAUGACCAGGGAGCCGGCCCCGUCCACCGCUCUGUCCCACAAGGUAGAAGUGAAGGAAGCUGCCCAGUUGCCCUCUCCCCUGAAUGCACAGUUGGGAUGACACCUGGCCACCAUUCGUCCGUCCUCUAUCCGAGUCAGCUGGAGGUUCUUCCAGGCAACAGCUGGGCCAGCAGCGGGCAGUAAAUUCCCACCAGCUGCCAGAAACCUGUGGUCACACUGGCCAUUGCCUUUUGUUAUAUAAUAAAUGUUUUCAGUGAAACCAGUCUAGGGUUGGUUGGGUGUGUGGAUGGUGACGGGGUGGCACUCUGCUGGAGGAGCAGCCUUCCCAAGUUUACUUGGCUGUAACUGUCCCUCACUCUGGAGACACCCCAGCCAGCCCUGAGGGCACUUUAUUGAAAUGACUCACAGUAUUUGAGACAGACGGUGUUGGCCAGUUGAGCCCCAAGAGAUGGGAAACUGAGGUUCCAGUGUCCCUUGCUGCCCUCCUGGGGAUGCUUCCUCCAUGGAA